AGCUGACCCAUUCCUCCACACACACGUAUUCACCGCAUUCACUGACCGAUCCCUACUCACGCACAUUCAGCUCAAACAACAUGAGGCCAAACAGGCAAGUCGUAUGAGAAACGUCCAGGACAUUAGCAAAGAAUUCCAUACGACGACGCAGAAUCCCCUGCACACACGCCAUGCAAUCAAGGAGGCCUCCUCUGCCACGCAAGCCUGUUCUUCCCCCUAAACCGAACAUCCAGCCCUCCCUGGCUUCAGGCGGCCCUAGACCCUGGGUGUCGACAGGGGGCUCCCAGAGCAACAACAACACCAGGCAACUUCACCCCCAUCUCACCCUGCGGAGGAAUGAGGUCCAGUUGCAACCUUCAGAGGAAAGGAAGCCCCCAGCGCAUCUAAAGCCCCUCAGUACAGGCCUGUAUGGCAGAGGCACCACAGAGGAGUUCCUCACACCACAGGUGUCCCCCAAGGAAACAGGUCUCACUGUGAAAGAGGGAGGAAGGAGAGAGAAGACGGGGUUACAACGGCCAAAGCCACUCUGUAAGUUGGCACCUCAGCAUGGAUGUCGAUCAGCACCAGAUGGGAGUGAAAAGGCAGACAGUGGGGGAGUGGAGAGUGAGCAGCCCCUGCCAACCCCCUGCAGCCCCACCGAGCACAAGCCCAACCAACCGUGCCACUGCAGGUGCCAUCAGCACCGGCCUGGCAUGAAGCUGGUCUGGGUCCCGGAUGGAGCUGGCAUCCCCGGGCCUAACAUCCCCGCAGGGAAGAACACCGAACAGAACACGGAAGCCACGUGGGAAAGGGCAGAUGAAAAGGAGAAGCCGGCCAGUGGGGAAGUAAAAGAGACUUGUGUCCAUACAGAGGAGCCAGACUUACGAGAGUAUGAGUGUAUGAUCACCGCUGACACACCAGUUCCUGUACCGGCACAGCUCUCAGUGCCGUCUCCCCCCAUGAGGCGGCCCCAGCGGGCAGGGACACCUCCGCAGCCUCCCCUGCGUCCACUGCCCAACACUAGCCCCAGACUGGACACUAAAUUCAAGACAAACUCUCCAACUCCCCCACGCAGGGCUGAGUCCCCUUCCCCAGGCUCCAAAGCCAAUCUCUCCGUGGAGAGUCGCCCCCUGCCCCCCAUUCCCGUUCCCCAGAGCUACAAAGAACGCACCCGACCCGUUCUGUCCUACAUGCUGUCCCCGCGGGGUUGUCCUCCACCAAUCAGAAAGCAGUCCGUCAAGAGCAAAGAUGACACAUAUGAAACCUACAACUAUCCUCUCUGUCAGACAUCACCAGAGACAGCAGAUGUGAACUUGAAUAAUUUUUAUGAGUGGAUAUCUGUGGAGGAAGAAGAUAUUCCUGUGUACAUUGAGAUUCAAGCAGAUUCUACCCCUGGCCAGCAACCCUUGAAAGAAGGGCACAAACCUAAGCACCGCAGAACUCUCAUGGCUACCGCAAAGUGCAUGGACUCGUCGAUCAAACAGGUGAAUGGCCCAGGCAAUGCCCAGGUGCGCAGGGCCGUCUCACUGGGUCUCCCGGGCUCCACCAUGCAGUGUCCGAGGAAGGCCGUGCUGAUGGUCGCGCUGUGGCAGGAGCGGCCUGCAGUGAAGGCCAGCGGCGUGCUGGACUCGCUCAGCCACAGGGAGCGCCAGCUGCAGGAGAGCAUGUUUGAGGUGUUGACCUCUGAGGAGUCCUACCUGAGUUCCUUGAAGGUUUUGAGGGAUCACUUCUUGGGGUCACGAGAGCUGAACGAAACCCUUGUGAUCCAAGACAAGAAGAGGCUUUUCUCAAACAUCCUCCAAGUAUAUGAAGCCAGCGAGAGAUUCUUGACAGAUUUGCAGGACAGAGUGGAUGAGAGUGUGAUUAUCUCAGACGUGUGUGACAUCAUCCACCAUCACGCCCAGAACUACUUCUCUGUGUACACUGACUAUGUCCGUGACCAAGUCUACCAAGAGAAAACAUACAGUUCCCUCAUGCAGGCGAACAAGUCCUUUGCCAUGGUGAUGCGGAGGCUGGAGGAGUCUCCACUGUGCAAACGACUUCCAUUCACCUCCUUCCUGCUUCUGCCCUUCCAAAGGAUAACUCGACUGAAAAUACUCAUCCAGAAUAUUUUGAAAAAGACAGAAGAAGGGUCAAAAGAAGAGCAAACGUCUUCCCAAGCCCUUGCUAUCGUGUCUGAAAUCAUAAAGGAUACAAACAAUCAGGUUGGUAAGAUGAAGCAGAUGGAGGAGCUAAUUAGCAUUGCUAACAAGCUGGAAUUUCAAAAACUCAAGGCCGUCCCAAUAGUGUCUAAGACACGGUACCUGGAGAAACAGGGCGAGCUCCUGGAACUGUCUAAAGCUGGUUCCCUUUUCAACAUCCGCCUCAGAUUCCUGCCUGUCUAUGUCUUCCUCUUCAACGAUCUUUUCAUCCUCACCAGUAAAAAAAGCUCGGACAGGUAUGUAGUCAUUGACCACGCUCACCGGUCCCUGGUCCAGGCCCAGGCGGUUGGGGAGGAUGAGCUCCGCGCGAGGUUUGAGCACUGCUUCUCCCUGACCCUCCUGGAGAACCACCUGGGUCAACAUUGUGAGAGGCUCCUGAGGGCCAAUACAGAGUCUGAUAUGCACCGCUGGAUAGCAGCACUGCCCUCUCUGACCACACCUCAGAAGAAUAACAAGGAGGUGAUAUAUGAAGACUGGGACUGUCCACAAGUUCAGUGUGUGGAACAGUACGCAGCCCAGCAGGCAGACGAGCUCUCAUUGGAGCCCACCGACAUAAUCAAUGUGCUGCGCAAGACCAACGAAGGGUGGUAUGAGGGGAUGCGUCUCUCUGACGGACAGAAGGGCUGGUUCCCUCCCACGCAUGUGCUGGAGAUCACCAAUGAGCACCAGAGAAGACGCAACCUCCUCGAACAGUUCCGUCUUAACAAAUUAGCUGCAAAUGCACCAAAGAGUUAACGAAAACAAUUGAUUGGACAUAUUCUCUUUGUCUAGAUGUUUUAUUAAAUUACCAUGUUGUACAGUACAUCAAAAUGUGUUAUUUCCACACAAACUAUGUCGUACAGUUUCUGUGUGUUGUCUUUGAUAACUGAGACACAGAUGAAUCACAGUCUCCACAACUCAAACAUACAGUUCAUAUCAUAAUCUAGUUGACAUCAUUAACAUUAUUUGUGUACAUUAUUUGUAUUACUCAAAUAUGUAAAUAAAGGCAUUCAAAAAUA